GGGACGUGAAGACGUGGGAGGCCAGAGUCUCACAUAUCCACCCUAACUGAGAUAAGGAAUGAGGAUCCAACCCCGAAGUACUAUUGGAUUAUUGGACCAACCCAAUCCGGCUAAUUCAGCUAUCAUCUUUUCCCACCUUUUGACUUCUCGCAUCCAUGCUAUCUAACUCCAAACGCAGCCAAGCUCCUGAUUCCGACUCCUUCUGGAACUGGAAGGGCAACGGCAGCAGCAAGAAGAAGAAUGAGAGGAAGCAAUUCCCGGUGGCUAAAUUUCUUCGCAACAACAACGACAAGAAGGCAGAGGGAGUAGUACAAGUGCUGGGGCCUGGAGGUGGUGUAGGGAUAGGGUGUGGUGCUGGAAUGGGGUUUGGGUUGAUUGGAGGGAUUGGCUAUGGGGGCUGGCCGUGGAACCAUCUGCAGCUGGUUUUUGGGGUUGGAAUCGGUUGUGGUGUUGGUGUGGGUUUUGGAUACGGUCAGGGGUUUGGAUUGGGUCUUAGUUUGGACUCCUUAGAGUCGUAUAUAUCCAAGCAGAGCUCCUCGGAUUCAAACAAGAGAUCAAUUUUGUAUUGAAAUCAUAUCAAGAGCUUUUUUCUUUGUGUUGAUUUUGUGUUCGUUGAAUAACUAGUACUACUGGUGGAUAAUUUUGUUU